AUGUCCUCAGUCAAAAGUUAUGAAAGUCUGUAUUCCAAAACUAUCAUCAAGCAAAGGAAGGGGGAUUAUGGGAAAGUAUACAAGGGGUUUAUCGAUGACCCUACUACAAUAAGCGUUGCAAUAAAGCGUGUGAACAUCGAUUCAAGGGCGGGUUUUCACGAGUUAAAGACUGAGUUGUUGUUGCUAUUGCAGCUACGCCAAUCUAACCUCGUCCCUCUCAUUGGAUAUUGUCUUGAUCAUCAACAGAUGAUCCUAGUCUACCAAUUCAUCUUCAAUGGAAACCUCGGCGAACAACUCUACGGCACUAACCACGAUAAUCCCCUCCCGUGGAAACAAAGACUCCGGAUUUCCAUUGGAGUGGCGCGUGUUCUGCAUUACCUUCACACUGGGCUUAAGCAUACCAUCAUCCACCGUAACGUGAAGCCGAGUAACAUUCUGUUGGACGAGAAAUGGGAACCCAAGUUGGCAGAUUUCGCGUCGUACAAGUUGGGUCCACCGAGUUUGUCAAAGGCUUUGAUUAGGGUGGAUUCUAGUCCCUACUACUCUGUAGUACAGAGUAGUAUUUUAGGGAUCCGCCUUCUAAAAACAUUAGAGCAGCGGCAUCUUCUUGAGUGGGUCAGAAAAUGCAAACGAGAAGGGACCAUCAAUGAAAUAGUUGAUCCGUACCUGAUGGGGAAGAUAGCUCAAGAGUGUUUCAAGAAAUAUGUCGACAUUGCCACUUCUUGUGUGCAAAAAAAGGGAAAGAAUCGUCCCACGAUUGGUGAGGUGGAGGUAAUCCUUGAACACGCAAUGGAGUUACAAGAGAGUGCUGAUGCUGCGAGGAAGGAUGUGGAUCCUGGUGGUGAUCAUUAUAACUAUCCCAUCGUUGAUUAUACCUGUAGUGCUUUUCCCCCUGAGCCUGAGCCAGAGGAAUCUGUUCCAGAUUCAGAUAUCACUGCCACGAUAUGGGAAAAAUUUUAA